AUGAUCAUACAAAUUUUUCAGUUGAAUCGUGGGCCGAGCCCAUCAUCUGAGCGGGGGCAGGAGGUACCCGCCGAACCAGAACUCCAACCUGAGGAAGAAGAACCAAUUAACGAAAUAAUGGACGCUAACGACAACAUUAACAACAAUAUUAACGAUUUUAACGAGGACAUUGACGACGCUAACGACAAUAACGACAAUAACAUUAACGACAAUAACGAGGAAUUAAUAUUAAUUAACGAAGAUAACGACGAAACUAACAUGACCCAAGAAGAAGAGGGGCCUGCGCAGCCCCGCUAUUUCCUGUAA